AAAUGAAAAAUUAUAAAUUUAAAUUAAAAGAAAAACAAGAAGUUAAUAUAAAAGAAAAAACUGACAAAUAAUAUUAUAAAUAAAAUAAAUUUAUAAGACACAAUCUGCGCGAAGCGCGGAAAAAAUCUCUAGUAGGGGAUAAUAAAAAGACGAGGUGUAUGAUUCUGAUUUUUAGAGAAUUAUUUCGACAAUGCUUCGGUUAUACGUUACUUUAAGUGUUAAGAUAAUCUACAUCAGUGUUCCAAAAAAAAAAAAAAGAUAAUCUACAUUCGUUUUGAUCGAAAAAGAAAAGGAAAAGCUAUAUUCAAAACUCCAAUAAAGGAAAAUAAUCACAGAAAUCAGAAAUGUAUUAUACCAGCUGCUUAUAUAAACAAAUCUUAAAAAACUAUCACAAAUAUACGCAACUAUUUGUUUUUAAAACAGGCGUAGCAUUUCUACUAAUGUGAAGUGGUUUAUAAAAUUUCAUAGCCUAAGUGAAUAAGAUGAAAGAAACUUUCAUAAUAAUAACAACCUAUUACCAUCAUUUUAAUAUAUCAAGUUUUACGAACCCAAAUUAAACAAUGCACUAAUUUAUUCUAAUUCACGAUUUUAAACAUCUAUCUAUUUUGCGACGUAACACCGAGUUGUAAGACAUUCCCACAGAAAGCUUUUUCAAAUGUUGAUUGCAAAUUAUGCAUUUUGUAUUGCUGUUUUUAUUUUAGAGCUUUAUUACAAGAUAAGAAACAUUUAUUAGUUAAAUACAAUACUUAUUAACUAUUGUUAAUACUUUGUAUUUGUUGACUAGCUAAUUAGUUCAAAAAUAAUAUCUUUAAUUUGAAGAGAGAAAAUCUUUUGUACCUCUUGGUCCCAAUAUAAAACCCAGCACGACCUCAAUACACACCAUAACAAAUAAAGGAAAGGGAAAAAGUAUCAUGACAAGAAAGAAGGUCAAACUUGCUUUCAUUGCUAACGAUUCUUCGAGGAAAGCAACUUAUAAGAAAAGAAAGAAAGGUUUGAUGAAGAAAGUGAAUGAGCUCUCGACUCUUUGUGGUAUCAAUGCAUGCGCAAUCAUCUACAGUCCCUACGACUCUAAUCCAGAGGUGUGGCCAUCAAACUCCGGAGUGCAAAGAAUAAUUUCGGAGUUUCGUACAUUGCCGGAGAUGGACCAGAACAAGAAAAUGGUGGAUCAAGAAACCUUUCUCAGACAAAGGAUAGCCAAAGCCUCGGACAAUUUGAAGAAACAAAGGAAGGACAACCUAGAGAUGGAGAUGACCGAAGUCAUGUUCCAAUGUUUGAUAAGAAACAUGGGGAUGUUUAAUCUGAAUAUUAUGGAUCUUAAUGAUUUAGGUUAUUUGAUUGAUCAAUAUCUUAAAGAUGUUAACCGCAGGAUCGAGAUACUAGGUAAUUCUCGUAUGGAGCUCGGUGAAUCCUCCAACAAUGUUGCGGCAGAAGCGAGUGGAACGUUGGCUGUUGUGGAGGCUACAACCGCUCCAGCCGCUACGAUUCAGCAGCAACAACAGUUUCACCAACAUGUUGUACUCUAUGAGAGGCCUCUGAAUCUGAAUCUGAAUCAUAGUCAUGAACAGCAACAACAACAAUGGUUUAUGCACAUUAUGAACCAGCCCCAGCAAAUGAGUCAUGCUGCUGAGCAAAUGGGCUUUCCGUUCAUGAAUGAUAACCACCACCAACAGCAGCAGCAGCGACAGAUUCCCGGCGUUUUCUCCACCACUCCGACAACCGUUAUUUCAAGCAGUAUCAAUCCCGUUACCAGUUCAAACCGUACCAAUAAUACAUGGUUCCGCUAGGGUUUCGAGAGUGGACGUUCACAUUACGUUUUAGACAAAACCAUGCAUGAUUCCACAAAGUGUUUCUUUUCUUGUUUCCAUUUCAGUUUAUUGUCUUUAUUCUGCCGUUUUAUUAUUAUGGUUGUCGUUUAUAGUUUACAUGCAUUGGUGAUUUGGUUUUUAAUGUUACAGAUUUGUGAUUCUCUAGCUUUUAUUGUAAGUUUGAUACUAUGUAUUAUUUCCUUUCAAGAGAGAUAUGCGUUAUCUUUAA